AAUUGCUGUCAAACGUCGAACUUCAUAUGAACUAAAUCGAAACAAAACAAACAUCAUAGGAAAAAAUUUAUUUUAUAGGUUUGAAUUAAAAAUGUCUGUUGCAAAAUCUGAAAAAGAUCUUCAUUUACCAUUGUCUAGAGUGAAAACGAUUAUGAAAAGCUCUCCAGACGUCGAUGCAGUUGGACCGGAACCAUUGUAUUUAGUUACUAAAGUGACAGAGAUGUUUGUUACGGACUUAGCUAAAAGAGCGUACAAAAAUAUAAAGGGAAAUAUGUUAGAGUACAAACAUAUAGCUGAGGUUGUGCAAGAAGAUGAUACGUUGGAUUUUCUUCGUGAAAUAGUGCCCAGAAAAAUCACAGUACGAGAGUAUAAAGAAUUAAUGGCACGGAAAGCUGCCCGGGGAGAUAGAUCUGAUGAGUCAAGUGAGGAAUCUAGUGAGGCGGAGAGUAGUGACGGAAGUUCUAGUGGUGUGGAAAUCAUAGAAUAAUUGUAAUAGCAUAGUAAAAAGAAGUAAAUUGUCCACAAUACCAAUCCCACCUUAAGGUGUAAGCAUUUAAGGAAAUAAGAUUUUGAAUAGAACAUGGUAUAUGAAAUACAUGGCUGAAUGACUCGGGGAGACAUACUCUGUCUACCGCUAGCUAAAGAAUAUGUUUAACAAGUUUAGUUUAAAAAAUAUCUAUUAAUAUGUAUAUUUGAUCUUAUCUUUAUAAUUGAGAAAGUAUACUGCACUGAAACCAACAAAGUCACAUGUUUGAGUGAAAUAUAUUUGAUAUUCCUUCAAUGAAAUAACUCAGGUUUUGACUACUUACAUUUUUAUACAGGGUUUUUAAAUAUAUAGAUCAAGCUAGUUUUUUAACCUUGCUCAUUUCUACUUAUGAAGUGUUCAAUAUUAAUAAAUGUAAAAAAUAACCAUUAAUUUUAAAUUAUAUUGAUGAAGAACAUGUAUGCUCUAAAAAUUAA